AUGGCGGCCACCCAUCCGCGGGCCCCGUCGCCGCCCGAGCACAUCCACGACCCGUACCGCAACAACUACCGCUACAUUCACAUGCCCGACACCUCGUGGAUCCGCCAUCGCGACCCCCCCGAGUUCGACGACGCAUUGCUGCAGAGCCUCGAGCAGAAACGCCAGGAGCUCGACGCCAAGGUCGCCCGCUACAUUGCGAAGAAACAGGGGCAAUUCAACGACUAUGUCGCCGAGAAGAACCGCCGCUAUGACCUGCGCGCCGACGAACGCCAGAAGCGCCGCGCUGCCCAGCAGGAGCGCGACCACGAGCAGGCAAUGGCCGACGACCACGCCCCGGCGCCCCAUAUCAUGGACGACGACAAUGAGGCGAAGUGGUUCACAAAGCAGCGCGAGGAAGACGCGCGCAAAAGGGCCGAGGCAGUGUCGGAAGAGGUUGCGACCUCCGGGGCUAGGCAUUCCGACUCCGCCGCCGUUCAACCGGAUUCUUUGGGCAGCGUCCGUGAAAGAGAUUCGGAAAUCCUUCAGCUGCUACCCGGUUUUCUGCCCUUGCUCGAGGACCAGGAGCAGCUGAGCAGCUCCGCCCCUGCUGCGAACGGAGGAAGUAGCAGGCCUUCCAGGGAUCCUCGCGCUGAGCUUGUGCGCUCCUCCACCAUGCCGCCCGUCCUCAAGCACAGCCCGGCUCCGCGCCGUUCCUCGCUCAAGCAGUCCAAUGGAGAUCGUCCUGGAAGCGCGCGUAAGGCCGUCCGUCUGAGCCUGGGGCCUAGAAUCGUAACGCCGACCCAAUCGCCGCCGGAUGAUCGACCUUUGAGCUCCAUUGAGACCUCCGCCGAAUCAUCGCUCUCCGAAGAGACGCUUCGAUCAAUUCAAAGAGAGAUUGAGGAGGCAGAGCGGUGGAAGUCAGAACCGGAGAAAGUCUAUACCGAAGAGAUUCCUACUGAAGACUUGAUGUCAGCAUCGUCUGACCACGACCGCAACUAUGCUGUGGAAAAUACCGCCCGCAAUCCGGUCGAUACACCGGCAUCGGUGUCCCCCGACAAAGGGAAAGCAAAAGCUCAAGCCGCCAUCAGUGACGGUGUCAAUGAGAGUGCGGGCCUGGAGAAGCAGCAGUCUCCUCCCCAGAGUAAGCCAAACUACGCGGAAAGUCCGAUCAAUUUCAACAAGGAAGAAAUUCCUCAACGUCCAACUGCCAGCCUGGGAAGGAGAUCGUCACUCACCGAAGAAGCCAAGUCAGCGCCAAAGGAGCCGAAGAAGAAAAAGAAGAAGAAGGUCAAGACACAACCGGCCACUGGCUUGCCGACAUACACGCCUGUGCGAGCAACCACGACGACAGCCCUUUCCUCGACCGCACCUGAGAUCAGCGCUUCCUCCGCCCGUAGCAUUGCGCCCGCAUAUCAGUCCUCUCCCCCAAAUACGUCUACCUCUCUUUUGUCAAGUAGUUUUGUCGACGCCAACAACACCGGUAUCUUCUAUCCGACCCGCGAAAGGCCACCUCCGAGUUCUUUGAGGCCCAACGAAGCGUCCCUUAGCGCUGUUGAUGUACCGCUUCCGGUUGGAGGAUUCAGCAGCGACAGCGCAUCCAACAGCUAUGGAAGCGUGCUUCGAGGUACCAGUCUGGGCGAAUCGUAUAUGGCGCUAAACUUCGCGAGACGGAUGGCGGAGAGGGAAAAAGCACAGAGUGAGAAGGGGGGCAAAAAGAAGAAAAGCAAGUCCAGCUCAGUACCUCCAGAGCAGCCGCUCAGAGAAGAGGACGAAGAGGAUGCCGACUCGGAGACGGAAAGGCUGGUCAGGCAACGAGAAGAGAAAUAUAGGAGAGACAGGGAACUGGAUGACGAUGAGUUUGCCGGAGAGUUGGAUCUUUGA